AUGGAUCCGGCUAACGGUGCCACUCAGUUUUUCCAGUCUAAAAUUUCUGAAACAUUUCGUAGCGGUGGCAGAUUAGAUUUAACGUGCUGUGUUGCUGUACUUCGAGGGGAUCCGAAUGUAUUCCCUCCAAAAUUGUUCAAGCACGAUGAUAGCUUGCCUGAGCUGCCCACAGAGAAUCCUUUCAGAGAUACAAAUCGGUUUUACUUGGUGAAGAAGUCAGAGCUGGAAGACAAUGUCAAUGACUGGAUUCGUCUAUAUUUGGAACUUGCGGUUGCCAGGAAGUCUAGGAUGUUCAUUGAAGGUGAACAUGUCUCCAACUUGGAGAUUGUGAAAGUGGCUUUACAAAAAACUAGUAGCCAAGAUCCAAACGAGGGACAUUUCAACGCCAAGAAUACAACCGUCUACAUAAGUUACAGGGACACGAGCGAGGCUCGGGUUGGUAAGGAUGUUGAUCGCAUAGCUGUAGUCAGGAGAAGCUUCGAUGAGCAGUCGUCAUGUUUCAGUCUUGUGGGUCACAAUCAGAGCUUAGAAACCAUAAGAGAGGCGUGGUUUGGUAAUGACGUUGAUCGCAUCGCAAUAGCCGGAAGAAGCUUUGAUGAGCAGGCGGCAUGUUUCACGCACGUGGGUCAGAACCAGAGCUCAGAAAUCAUACCAAAAAAGGGUAAGAGUCCCUGUGCGUCUGGCCAGCGUUUAGGUGUCCACAAACCGUGGCUGUUAUCUAUGUCUAAGAUGCGCAAGGCAUACCAAAAUAGUGGCAUUCGCAUGGCUCGUCGUCGGCACAAGUGA